UAGAAGAAUAGAAUGAUUAUUGAUAGAGAGGCAAGGACUGGAUGCAUAUUCUUCUAGAGCCCGUCGUAGACAGCCAGCUAGGUUCAAGAAUUAGUCUUAUUUUACAAGAAGAUGCCACAGUUGGAAAGUUACACGAAGCAGUCGAAAGAACAUGGGUUUCGUUGGAAGAAGCUAACAAUACAAGUUGCUUGGAGAGUACAGGUUCAACCAGCUCACGUCCCUUUUGGUUGGUUUUUAGAGGAAGAUGUUUACAAGAUGACGACUUGAGUUUGUCAAGUGUCGGGUUGAUGGAUGGAGAUGUAGUUCGUGUUGUCCGUCGCAAGAAUUCUUCUGUUGCUUCUUUGGAAAGAAAGCCUCCUGACUCCUUGACAAUUGACUCCACCAAAAAAGUAUACUCCAACGACGCUGUCUCAGAAACUACUGCAGAGGAAAUACCCGACAUGGCUUGCCUCGAAGGUCGACCUAUAAUACGAGAAAUUCAUCCCAAUAUGGGUCUCAGUUGUGGUGGUUCGAAAGUUCAAAUUAUUGGCAACCAUUUUCGUCAUGGCUUACGAGUUCGUUUUGGUCGAAUUGUUGUCGGUUGUAUUACUUAUUCGGAUACUGUUUUAACUUGCGUCACUCCGUCCCACGCACCUGGUGUGGUUUCUGUACAAGUGGACGCAUCUGGUUUAGGUCAUUUUAUGGAUGAUGAUUGUCUAUUUACAUAUGUCGAUUUUACUGUCUUUCAUAACAUAUUUGCUGUUGCUGCCCAAAACAGUAACCCGGUUCGCGUUCCCAACGAAUCUUGUAAGGAAAUGAAUGAAGAACAACUAACAAACAGAAGAAGGUGAUCAUCAAUCCCAUAUAUAUAUGAAUAUUUGAGAUAUAGCUAGAAUGAAAGCAAGUUAUUUUUGACGAGUAUUAUCAUGUAAUAUUUAAUAUGGAAAUGGAGUGACUGUAGAUAAACCAAUCUUUUGACAU